CUCGUUGGCCAAGGUUCAUGACUUGGACCUCUGGAAAGGGAAUAUACUGGAUACCUUCAGGGUCAAAGGUAGUUGGGAAAAUGGCAUAACAAAGAAAACCAUGGCAGAAAGGAACCAAAAGUCAUUAUUGCUAAACUGAAAUUUCUCUGAGAAGAGUGAUAUACCAAAUUUAUUAAUGUAUACUUAGCAUCUAUCACUGCACCAUACAUUACAAAUGUUUGUUGAAUAAAUCAGUGAAUGAGUACUGAUUAGGAUCUUUUGAGAUUCUUAACCUUGACAAGUGAUCUAUGAAUUUAAUAUUUAAAAUAAUUUUAAUGUAGAAGAGAUAUAUAAAAUAUUCCUAAUGUAGAAAAUGUAUUUAAUCAACAGAUUUCAUUGAGCAUCCAUUAUGUGCAAGGGACUUAGGUACAAAGAGAGGGGAAAGCAUCCAUAAGCUCAUCCUCAAGAAACAACUGCUAUUAACAUCUUGAGUAUUUUUCCUCUUUUCUUUUCUUAGGAGACAUAUUCUGUGAAUUCACUUUACUACAUCAGACAACCAUAUAUGAUAAUCAGCAAAUAAAAUUUUCAAUGUAUGUCUGACCCUUUUAUUUAAAUGAAGAGGACUAUUCUAAUUUUCUAGUCACUUGCCUCAACUUUUCAAGUUCCAUUUCAGUGUAUGAAAGCUUGAAAUUUAAGGAAAAGUGAAGAAGAGAUGUGAGGGGGAAAUUAAAAAUAAGUUUCACUCACAUUUUUAAAUUCACUUUCAUAAACCCUAAAUAACCUACAAUUUAAGUUAUUAAAAUUUUAGUUCAGGAGAUUUUCCCAGCCUUUUGCUGGUGAAAGCUUUCCCUGAUAGACAGAUUCAGGAUUUGGGACAGGAGAUCCUGGUCUUUGAGGCCAAAGCAAAAAUCUCAAACUCUUCUUUCAGAUCUAUUUUGCUCCAAGUGAAACCUGAAGCAUUUAAAAAUCCAUCCAUGUAUAAUAACACCCCAGGCUUUUUUCUUAUCAUCAUGACUUGAAAAAUUAAGUCUGAACACAGACAUAACAGUGAUUGCAGGAAUAGCUAACUCUUUUUACUCUGUGCUUAAGUUUUCAAAUCAUUAAGAUCAUUCUAAAUUUUAACUUUUUAAUCUUGCUUUUUUCAAUUAUCUUUCAAACACAAGUAUUUCCAUGCCAUUAAAUUACCUAUAAACAUGAUAAUAUUUAAUGUCUACAUAAUAUUCUAUUAUAUGAAAAUAUCAUAAUUUUCUUAAAAUGUUCUCUUUUUUGGACAUUUUGGUUUCCAACUUUUAGCCGUUAUAAACCACACUUUGAGCAGAACUUUUUCUUUCAGAAAAAUGGUCUUUCUUUCAGCAAAGAUCUCCCCCAGACGGACAAUCAUUAGUUCAAAAGGCAUAAAGGCGUUUUAAGUUUUCAAUACAUCAAUUGACUUUUACCAUGGUAUAAGAGAGCACCUAUUUCACUAUACCCUUACCAGUCCUGGGUCAUCUUAAAAGAAGGGGAAAAUUUUUGACUAAUUUGAUAGAUGAAGUGAUAUCUAAUGUUAACUUAUAUUUAUUGGACACCUGAUAGGGUUCAAUUCUUGGCCAUUUCUGUCCCCUCAUCUGUGAAUUCAAUUGUUUAUUUCUCUUUUAAGAUGUUAAUGCUUUAUUGAUUUGUACAGGCUCUUUGUAAAAAUAUAAAUCUGUUGUCUGUCAUAUUUAUGGUGGAUAUUUUUCUCUAUUUGAAUUUUGCCUUCAACAUCCAUUCAACAUAUAAUUAUCUGAGUCUCCCCAGGGCAUUGGUCUAGUCAUCAAGGAUGAAACAGACACAGUUCCUGCCCCUAAGGAUCUCAGAGUUUAACAGGGGAAGGCAGGGGAGUAAAUGAUGAGUGCAGUAAGGCUUUCAGAUGCUCUGUUGGAAGUACAAAUAGGCUAGAGUGGUUGCACUAAAAGAGGUAAGUGAUCACAUCUACCCUUAGGGGCUAGGAGAGGUCUCACAAGAGGAGGUGAUUCUUACCUAAGUAUAAAAUGCUGAGUAAAUUACUGGAGCCGCAAGGGACAAAGUGGGAAAAAGCAUUCUAGGCAGAUCGAACACCUACAGACAGGGCCUGCUAGGGAAAUGUCAGUAGCUGGUGUUGGACUAGGGAAUAAAACGAAAACAUAAAGCAGGUCCUGAGGAGGAAGGGGCUGGAGGGACCUCAGAGUCACACAAUAUUUUAAAUUAUAUAUAACUUUAGAUGUUUAAGUCAAAUUAAGUGUUACCUUAUUCAUCUCUUACAUAAUAUUUAAGCUAAGAAAGUCCUUCCUGACCCAGAACUUUAAUGCUUCCCUUUAUUUUCCUCUAGUUCCCAUUUUUAAUUCUUUGUUUUCAUUUUAGUCUUUACAUUUACCUGUUUAAUCCAUCUGGAAUUGACUUUGGUGUGUAUAAGCAUUCUGAAGACCUGUCCACCAAUCACAGGGCUCCUUACUGGGUGAAAAAACAACUGCUAGACAUUGCCAGGAGUCCCUAGCAACACUGCGGCUUUUGAAAUCUGGAGAGGGAGGCUGUGCAGUCAGCCGAUAGUAGAGGAGAGUGUUGAUGCUUCAGGAAGAGACGGCUCUCAGGAUGGACACCCCACCCUCUGAGGAACCCUUAGAUAAGCAAAACAAAAAACUAGAAAACCAGGAAGAGGAGAUGGAGUUUAAGGAACUGGAUGGUCUGAGGGAAGCCUUGGCAAACCUCCGGAGACUGUCCGAGGAGGAGAAGAGUGAGAAGGUGAUGCUAUACUCCCGCAUCCAGGAGCAGUCCCAGCUCAUCUGCAUCCUGAAGCGGAGGUCAGACGAGGCCCUGGAGCGCUGCCAGAUUCUGGAGCUGCUCAACACAGAGCUGGAGGAGAAGAGGAUGCAGGAGGCUGAGAAGCUGAAGGCCAAGAGCGAGCAGGCCCAGAGGCUGGAGGAACGCUUUAUGAUCCUGGCAGCCAACCAUGAGUUGAUGAUCCGCUUCAAGGAUGAACACAAAAGUCAGAACAUCAAGCUGAGAGAGGAGAAUGAGAGGCUGAGGAUGGAGAAUGACCACCUCUUCAGCCAGGCUCUGAAGGACCAGGAGGCCAAAGUAUUGCAGCUCACUGACCGGAGUGAGGCCCUCACCGAGGAGCUGGAGUCUCUGAAACAGAGGAGCGCUCAGGAGGCCUGCCAGGCCCAGGCCCGAGAGAAGAAACUGCUGGAGCUGUGCCAGAGCCAGCAGGCCUGCGCCCACACCAAGGACACAGAGCAGCUGCACAGCCAGCUGCAGAGCCUCAGGCAGCAGCACCAGCAGGCCAUGGAGCGGAUGGCUAAGGCUGAGCAGGCACACAGCCAGCUCAACCGGGAGCUGCAGGCCAGGCUGCAGGCCGUCACUUGUGAGAAAGACGAGCUGCUGCAGCUGUCCAUGGAGAGGGGCAAGGUGCUUCAGAACAAGCAAGCAGAGAUCCGCCAGCUUGAGGAGAAGUUGGAGACGGCUGAUGUGGCCAGGAGGCAUGCACUAGAGAGGUUUGAACAAGAGGCAGUGGCCGUGGACAGUAACUUGAGAGUCCGGGAACUCCAGCGCAGGGUAGAUGGUAUCCAGAAGGCCUACGAUGAACUCAGGCUGCAGUCUGAAGCCUUCAAAAAGCACAGCCUGGAUCUUUUAAACAAGGAGAGAGAACUCAACGCCAAACUCCGCCAUCUCUUUCCAUAAGGAAGUUUCUGGCUCCUCUGGCCUCCAAUUUAGAAAUCAAGUAUUUGUGCCUUGUGGCAAGAGUAAAGAUGGGAUUCCAUUUAUUCUACUUUUAAGUACAAGAGACCACUCAAAGAAAAACUACUUUACUAUGAUAUUGUUGUUGCCAUUGUCAGGAUAACACUAAUUUUCAGUCCUACCACCUAGAAUACAUGAGAUUUACCAAA